AUGUACUAUGAUUGUAUAAGUGGCCAAUCUGUCCUAAAUCAAGGCCAUUGCCAUCCUCGACUAGUUAAAGUUAUGCAAGACCAAUGUCAACAAUUGACUUUAACAUCACGUGCAUUAUAUACGACUGCGUUGGGGGAAUAUGCAGAAUACUUGACUAAAUUAUUUGGAUAUCAAAAAAUGAUGCCUAUGAAUUCUGGUAAAAAUAAAUACGUAAACUCUCGUUAGAAGCGACUCUCGUUAGAGGCGAAUCAAAAAGAGGAUUGAGGAUAGAGACCGAAAUUUUGGCAAAACCGGGACCGAGAAACAGGAAAUUGAAGGAGAAG